CUCCUCAGAGAAAGAGAGAGAGAGGUAGUCUGAUGGAAGUAGGCUAAACCAAAGUCCAUUCCCUUUUGUAUCUACUCAUCUUCUAAGCUCUGGAGUUAAAAGAGAAUGAACUAUCUAAAGGAAGUGGUCAUAGUACUGGUAGGCCUGUACCUGAUUCUGCUGUGCAGGAGAGCGUCAGGUGAUCAGAUCCAGAUAUCCAAGAGAGUCAUCAAUCUUGCACACAGACAGUCCAAAUGGACUCCCGUAAUGCAGAUGAGCGCAAAUCUCUCUGACAUCACGAGCAUCAGAUCUUUCUUUGAGUUUCGGACCCUUGAUCCAGAGGGGGCUGUCUUUUAUGGAGACACCAAAGAAGGACGGGACUGGUUUGUGCUUUCACUGCGUGAUGGCAUACCUGAAAUGCAAAUUGGGAAGGCAGACAUCUUAGUGAGCGUAAAGGGAGGUCGCAAACUCAAUGAUGGGGCCUGGCACUUGCUGGAGUUGCGCAAUGAAGGCAAAUUUGUGGUGCUAGAGGUAAACAACAAGGUUGAGCUUGUAGUCGGCCUCCAUUCUAAACUAAUGGAAGACGACCUAUCAGGAACAAUACGUCUCGCUCUUGGUGGCAUGCUGGUGGACAAACGAAAGCUCUUCCAUCUAUUUGAGCCAAAAAUAGAUGCUUGUAUAAGAGAAGGCCAUUGGUUAAAUCUCAACGCUACCUGGGAUACAGACGAAACAUGGGAACCCCGGCCCUGCUUCUCCGAGAUCAAGAAAGGGAGCUAUUUUCCAGGAACUGGAGUGGCUAUGUUUAAUACAUCUGAUCUUCCUGGACUGAAGACAGAAGAGGCCGGUAUUACAGUGGAGGUCUUCGGAUCCUGGACUGGGACAACGCUGAGUCUCCAAAGCACAGGAUUUGAGUAUGUUUUGGGAGAGUUAGAAGGGAAUAAAGAUGUCAAGAAGGAGCAGUUGGGCCUGAAAGAGGAAUCGGAAAGUGUUGUCCUUCCCCGUGAACCUGCAACACUUACUCUCACCAUACUGAAACAUUCACUUGUGGUAAACAGCGUAUCAGAGCUUGAAAAGGAAAGUCUGGACUUUUUCUCCAUGUGGAAAAAGGGGAUGCUACUGACUUUUGGGGGAGUGCCAGGUGACAGCGAGAAGGCAAAAAGCACACAUUACCUUCGUGGGUGUCUGGAGAAAAUCCUUGUCCAAGGCCAGGUCAUUGAUCUUGAUCGGGCAUUGUACAAACACACUGCAGUGUCUUCUCACAGCUGUCCUACAGAAGCAAUGAAUGAACUCACUUAAUAGACUCACUUUAGCAAUCUAAACUCUAUAUAUAUCUGUCAUAGGAAGGCAUAUUUAAAAAUGCUCCAUGUUCAGCUGACCCAAAACCUCAAAAAAGUACUGAUGGGCUGUAAUGUUACAGUGAGCAAUGAAAUACAUCUGAAAUGCAAUGAUACAUCUUUCCAGUACAUUAAUGAUUGUAAAAGGUAACUCUGUUUACAAACACAUCUUAAAGGGAACAUUUUUGAAUGAAAAUCUUUGUCAACAAAAUAAAUCGUGAUCAAUUAAA